UUCGGUUGGCUGUUGGGAAGUGGUGUUGUAUAAGUAGAUAUUUUGGUGCUAAGUUGCCUGUUUUGGCAUUUUGUACUAAAAAGUUCGCAAAGUUCUCGUCAUUGUUCGAUACAUGAAAUUAGUUUAAAGCAAAUCCGCAUCCGCCUUGGUGGUGAUUAAAAAGAAAAAUGGAAAACUAACUCCCACAAUGGCCGACUGAAAAGAAAUCUAGAACGAAGCUUCCCCAUCACGGAGCUCCCCCAGCAACAAAAGACAAUACAACGGAAAAUGUAUCUUUCGAAGGAAAUUUGUGUAAUAUCCUUUUGCAAAGUGAUCCAUUUAUAAAUGUAAAAACCCCAAAAAUAAUUUGUCAGCUUAACUAAAGCUUGCCAAAUAAAAUGAGGGUUAUCAGGAUUGCUCAAUUACCUAUCAAAACAUUAUCUUUGCUGACUAAGCUACUCUGUUGAUAGGACUUCUAAGAUGAAAAAAUAAUAGAGCAAAAUGGAGCCAAAUCAUUAUUACUGCCGGGGUGCUAUGCAGCAGACUUCCUCUGCUUCGUCAAUUCCACAACAUUCGUCCAACAAAAUCAACUAUGGGAUGAAUGCCGGGCAGGAAUAUGUGACAUGCAGCUCCAGUCAACAGCAGUCGGGAUACAAUUCCAAGGACUUGGUGCCCCGCGGGAACGGGAACAACAAAUCGCUCAGUGGAAAUGACAAUGGGAUGGGAAGUCCUUAUGGAGGAUCCAUCUGCAGCAACAGUGGCCAAUGCAGCAAGAAUACUACUGCCAAUGCAGGGAACUAUAUCAAUAUAAUGACUGUUCCACUGGGAACUUUGCAAUAUAAUCGAAAAAAGCUAUCUACUCAGGACUAUGAAUCGCAUUUAUAUUACAAUACCACGGAUGUCAAGUGCCGCGAUAAUUACUACUUAGCCAAUGCCAAUGCGGCAGCAGCUAUUCCACAACUCCAGGCACACCAACCGCAACAGCAGCAGCUUCAGCAGCAGCACCACCAACAGCAACAACAACAACAAUCCCAUCAGCAGCACCAGCAACACCAGCACCACCAACACCAUCAGCAACAUCAACAAAGCCAGCAACUUCAGCAGCAACAGCACGCCAACUUUCUCCACAUCCAACAGUCUCUCCAGCAUAACCACCAGUUGGGCCACCCUGAAUCAAUCCAUCAGUUGCCGCAAUUGGCGUCCUCGGUCCCCGAUCCGCCAGAUGCCUUCGACAACUGUGCCAUGUUUCCCAGCGCCGGGGGCACAGGUCGCGUGGCUGCCACACAGACGCACCAGAAUAGCUCCAUGAUCGCCUGUGAGCAACAAGCUCCCGUUUCACUGGCUUCCGUCAACGUGCCUGUGCCGCCGAUCAUGUACACCGUUCAUCGGGUGGUGACCACCGCCCAAAUCCAGACCGCGGUGGGCAGUACCUUCGCCUCCUCGGCUAGCGUCUCCAGUGUGGUGAGCACGGGACAGAACGAAGGUGAUUGCCUCUCUCCGGCACAGGUGUCUUCCGCCAUGGCGGCCUCGGCAAAUGCUCCGUGUCUGGGCGGAAUCGGUGAUAUGGGCAGCAACAUGAUAAACAACGCCAAUGCUCUUUGCCCUCUCUCGGAUCUCAGAAGUCCUUCGGGUGUGAUUGGCAACUCCUCAUUUAUGCCGGCUCACCACAAAUGCAGCACCAGCAACGAUUCCCAAUCCAAUCCUGCAAUCCAGAAACGUGUGAUGGCCACAAGCUCAACUUCCAAUUUUACAAAUACCGGCAAAGCUGCUUCCAAUCUAUCUCGUGCUCUUCAAAACGUAAUUCCCACUUGCGUAUAUCUUAUGUCCCGUGUGGCAGUACAUAUGGAGAUCGAGGGUACUGCCCAGUGCCCAUCCCAGGUCAUGCUUGCGGCAGCUUUGGGAUGCGAGGAGCUGGGAAUCUCCAAUAAACUUUUAGCCCAAAGCGUGUUCGGCUUGUGGAUGACAAGUGCGCUGCUGGAGAUGCAGUUGAAGGCCCACCACUGCCCUUAUAUAGUUCGAGUAGCGUGGCCCAAUCUGCUUCAGAAGUUCAGCAAUAGUAGCCCCAGUGAUCGAAAGUUUGAUGAACCUAUGAUUGUCUUGAAACGAAAUGUUUUCUUCUCGAAACGCGACGAAGAAAAAAUCAAGGAUCAUCGGAUUUUAGAGCUUCUCUAUGAGGAGGCUAGGAAUAAUGUUCUGACUGGAAGGUACAUCAUGGAGCCAGUGCAUUCUCUCAUGUUGGGCGGCAUCCAAGCUAGAAUAGAACUCGGGCCCUACAACUCCCACACUCAUACAAUAGGGUUUUUUCGGGAGAACCAAGCACGUUUUUUGCCACCGCAUGUCGCCAAAAGCUCCACUUGGCUGUGGCUGCCAAUAAGCCAGAAGAAUUCGGCAGAGGUCAAGCUAUUGGAGCAGUUUAAACGGGUUCCCCAGACAGCAACAACCAGGAAACUUAUGCGGAAAUAUCUGGAGUUUUGCUGGGCACUGCCGUUUUAUGGAGCCGCUUAUUUCCAUGGACAAAUAGAGCAACCAGUUAGAGGAAUAAUGGCUUUGGUCAACCAAAAGGAUAUGGAGGUUUUAAUAGCUGUUAACGAAAGGGGAGUGUUUAUCAUAGACCCAUAUGAAUGCACUCUAUUGCUGGGGUUGAGGUACGAGGAUUUAUCUUGGGAUUAUGCAAAACCAAGUGCAAGUGAUGAUCCCGAAUGCCUGACUUGUAUAUUUCUGCAGUUCGAUGUUGUCGAGAAUGGAAUACAAGUUUCGAAGCUAAUGCAAAUAUUUUCUAAGCAAGCUGCUAUGAUAGACGCACUUAUAUCACAUUUUACGGAUCAAAUACGGAAUAAAAAACAAGAGGGAAAUACAGCAGAACCUUUUCAUGAUGAGCCAAAUCCAAUUCAAAAUAAUGGAAAUGGGGUUCUAUGCAAUAAAUUGUCACGAUUGACUUUGGCGACCUUUGACGAGGAGGGAGGUCGGUGCAUUGGGCAAAUGGGAUCAUUAUCUAUAAGCUAUUAACAUUUGUUACUAAUAAUAAACUAAAUUUAAGUUAAGGGGUGUUAAAUAAAAGUUCAUGCAUAUAUUCAUGAUUGUUGAUAAAUUCUCAUAUAUAAAUACGUAUGUAUAAUCACGAGUACAUUUUUAGCAAACGGAAUCUACAUAUUAACGAUCACCUGCAUAAUGAAUUUUAAAUAAUUUAUCUGUGAAAAAUAUGUUGAUAAUACAAAAACAUAAACAUUGACAUUGCUUAUAGUUUGUAAACACUUGUCAAGAUCUAUAGAUCCAAGAAAAUAAUUCCGCACCAAUUUUUUGAUUCCUUGAUCAAGAUCAAUUUAUUUGGUCUGGGCCGUUUGAGUUCUGACAGAUGCAGUGUAGGGUUUUAGUAAUACUAUAAUUGUUUACAUUUAUAAUUAAACAAGAAUUUACAAGUUAAUGUCCCCGAAAAGUUAUCCGUUUUUAUUUACCUCUAAGGUAAGGCAUGUAGCAUAAAAUAAGAAAUAUUGACAAAAAGUAUAUGGGUAUGUGCAUUUGACGUAUGCGUUCAGAAUUAGUUUACUAAGCCUUCGACUGAAACAAAUUAUGUACAUAAUGAAAAAAAAAAUUAUAUGUACAAAAUUAAGGGCGUACUGCCAACAUAGGUUAUGUAUAUAUUUAAAUUUGUAUGUAUGUAUAAAUUGAAACUUAAAAUAAAUACCGUUUCCUCAUGUUUAUACAGAAAGUAAUUAGGAGUUUACGAUAAUAUAAUUUCAAGUUCAAACAGCACUUUAUUGUUUUUAAUUCUUUUCAUUUAUAACAUUAUGAAUAAAACUUCCCCCAUUUUAAUGGAUAUAUUUAUUUAUUUAAUCCGCAAUGCCUUAAUAUCAAAGAUUGCAUUAUGAACCGCUUGCAAUACUUUUGAUGUAUUUUUAAAUUAUUU